AUGGCCGCACAAGCCCAAGCCCAAGCCCAGCUGCACCAGCACGGCCAAUUGGCGCACCAGGCCCAUCCACGCGGGUCCGCGGCUGAAUCACACAGGAAGUCCGACGCCGAACCCCCGCCUCUGCUAUUCCCUCGCUCCGUCUCUCCUUACGUUACUCGCCGGAAAUCUGACCACACCACCACUACAAACUGGGAUAAUCACUUCGAUCUCCGAUUCUACAGUACUCCUCAGGCGGGGCCCACCUACAACACCGUCAAUGGAGUCCCCACUUCGAUCACGACGUCCAGAUCUUUUACCAAGCACGGCAGAUUCUCUCUUCUCUCUAGACUAUUUAGGUCCAGGACCGAGAAGUUCGAUCCGGAUCCGAACAGAAAUUCGAAUUCCAGAGACUCGUGCGAAGCUUCGUCGUCCUUACCGUCUUUGUUCGCAAAUAUUUUCAGCGCUCGACGGAAGAAGAAAUCGAGGUUCGCAGUGGAGGAUUCUUCCACUACCGGAUGCCGCAGACCUCGAAGGAGAGCCGAUCGGGGAAUGUCGCCCGCGGGAGGAUUAGAAACCGGUUGUGACGAUUCCGAUCGUUGUCCUUCAGGCAGUGGAGACUCUGAAGAGUCGUCUCAAGUACGAAGAACGCCGGUAGGAGGGCCAUCGGCGGCACGGAGAGGGAAGCCAGGGCACGGCCGGAACGUGUCGACGGGGAUGGUAUUUUGCUUGAGUCCGCUAGUGAGGGCGAGCCCGAGCAGACAAUGGAACCAGAAGGGAGGUUUGCCCCCGGAUAUAGGACAUCCCACCGACGUUCGAGUUCCGGCGAAUCCCCAUAUUGCAAAUGCGGCAGCGUAUUGCGCGAACCGGUCGAGGAAAUUGGCGGAUUUCGGCAGAGGCAAUCACAACCGUUAA